CCGAGCCGAGGGUCGGGCGGGUGCCGCUUCCCUCUUCGCCGCGGUACCGGAUUAAUUUCCGCAGAGCAGCGCCGGGACCGCGCCGGCGGCACGGGGCGGGCUUCCUCGCCGCACCUCCUCCGCCGCCUGCCCGCCGCUCGCACGGACUGCAGGCAGCUGCCCGCGCCGCCCGCUCCCCCGGCAGCAACUUUUCCUGCCUGUUGCGCGCUCCUCGCAUCCCGCCCGCCGCUCCGCCGGGCAUGGCCACCGCGGCGCCGUACCGCCGCUAACCGGGACGUCGAGAAGCCGACUAGGGGGUGGCCUCCCAGGGCUCUCCGCCCCCACCUCGUCUGCCGCUGCCGCUAUCGCGGCUCCGCGCUCGGCCGGCAUGGAAGUGCAACUGGGGGUUGGCCGUGUCUACCCCCGGACAGGGGGUAGGGGCUUCCGCGGGGCUUUUCAGAGCUUCUUCCAGAGCGUCUGUGAGGCUUUCCAGGAGCCGCGGGAGGAGCCGCAGCCCAGCCUGCAGCCGCCGGCGAGCGCGCCUUGCCCGCCUAGCCCCCGGCCGCCGGGCUCACCCGCCUGCCCGUCCGCCCUGGAGUCCCGCGGCACCGGGAAGGCGCUGCCGGCCGGCGGUCGCGUUACGGGUUCGCCCUUCCCCGGAGCCGGCGAGCUGAGGGACCUGCUGUGUGAAGCGGGAGCUCUGCCGCCGCUGCUGCCGCCGCCGCCGCCGCCGCUGCCGCCGCCGCCUCCUGAGCCCGAGCCGGCGCCCGGGGAGGACCCGCUGGGCGACAGCGCUAAACAGCUUUGCCGCGCCGUGUCCGCGUCCAUGGGCCUGGCGCUGGAGGCGCUGGAGGCGCCGGCGGAGCCGCUGCCGCCGCCGCUGCCGCUGCCGCUGCCCCGCGAGGACUGCAUGUUCGCCCUUUCUGCCGGGCCGCCGCCCCGCGCCCCGCGCCCUCCCGCCGGGGACCCGCCUGAGCCGCCGCCAGCCUUCGCGGGACCCGAGGCCGCCUUGGCUGUCGACUCCCCUACCGGGACGGGGUUCUACCGCGACUCGCCGGGGCCCCCGGCACGUCCGUCCCCUGCCGCUUUCAGCCUGGCUUCGCCGCCCGCCCGCAUCAAGCUGGAGAGCCAUCCGGGGCCGGCGGCGGGCGGCGGCUGGCCCGUGCCGUGCCGCUACGGCGCCGAGCUGGCCCCGGCGGGUCCCGCGGGCCCCUGGCCCACUUUCUUCGCCGAAGAAGGUCAGCUCUACGGGCCCUGCGCUGAGCCGCCCGCCGGGCCCUUCGCUUGCGGACGCGGACCGCCCGCCGACGCCGCCGACUUCCCCGGUGACGCCUGGUACCCAGCCGGCCGGCCGCCCUUCGCCGCCCCCGUCGCCUGCAUCAAGAGUGAGCUGGGACCCUGGGCCGAGGGUUACAACGGCGCCUACGGCGAUGUUCGGUUGGAGGCUGGCCGGGAACACGUCUUACCCAUCGACUAUUACUUUCCACCUCAAAAGACUUGCCUGAUCUGUGGAGAUGAAGCAUCUGGGUGCCACUACGGAGCCCUCACUUGUGGUAGCUGCAAAGUCUUCUUCAAACGGGCAGCUGAAGGCAAACAGAAGUACCUCUGUGCCAGCAGGAACGACUGCACCAUCGACAAGUUCCGGAGGAAAAACUGCCCCUCCUGCCGCCUGCGCAAGUGCUACGAGGCUGGGAUGACUCUUGGAGCCCGCAAGCUGAAGAAGCUGGGUAACCUGAAGACACAAGAGGACGUGGAGGCAGGCAGCUCCUCCAGCCCCACAGAGGAGCAAGCCCCCAAGCUGGUGAUGACACGCAUCGAUGGCUACGAGUGCCAGCCCAUCUUCCUCAACGUGCUGGAGGCCAUCGAGCCUGGCGUGGUGUGCGCCGGCCACGACAACAGCCAGCCGGACUCCUUCUCCAACCUGCUCACCAGCCUGAACGAGCUCGGCGAGAGGCAGCUGGUCUACGUGGUCAAGUGGGCAAAGGCUUUGCCAGGAUUCCGUAACCUGCACGUGGAUGACCAGAUGUCCAUCAUCCAGUACUCUUGGAUGGGCCUCAUGGUUUUUGCCAUGGGAUGGAGAUCCUUCACCAACGUCAAUUCCAGGAUGCUUUACUUCGCCCCGGAUCUGGUCUUCAACGAGUACCGGAUGCACAAGUCCAGGAUGUACAGCCAGUGCGUCAGGAUGCGGCACCUCUCGCAGGAGUUUGGCUGGCUGCAGAUCACGCCCCAGGAGUUCCUCUGCAUGAAGGCUCUGCUCUUCUUCAGCAUUAUUCCAGUGGACGGCCUGAAGAACCAGAAGCUCUUUGAUGAGCUCCGCAUGAAUUACAUUAAGGAACUCGACCGCAUCAUCGCUUGCAAGAGGAAGAACCCCACCUCCUGCUCCCGGAGAUUCUACCAGCUCACCAAGGUCCUGGACUCCGUGCAUCCUAUUGCCAAGGACCUGCAUCAGUUUACAUUUGACCUUUUAAUCAAGGCACAUAUGGUGAGCGUGGACUACCCUGAAAUGAUGGCCGAGAUCAUCUCUGUGCAGGUUCCCAAGAUCCUGUCUGGAAAAGUCAAGCCUAUCUACUUCCACGCACAGUGAUCUUCCAGAGGGACCUUCCCAGUUCUGCCACCCCCAUUUCAGCCAUCUCCUGCCUGUUACUUCUGCACUACUGUACUGCAGUGCCUUGGGGAAUCCCCUCUACAGCGGCCGUGUGCCACCAAGACAGACAGCCACAAGGGACAGCCUGCUGGGAUUCCUGACAUUUCUGCUCCUCCUGAGGCUGCUGGAGGAAAUGGGGGAUAAAAAAGAGGCUUAAGACAUACCAAAGUCUGGAUCCUGCCGUAUGCCUUUGUGUUUUCUUGUGCAUUUUUCUUGUCUGCUUCUGCUUUAAUAAAGAGAAUUUCACCGUCUUCACCAUCACAUUGCAGCUGUCCCUGAGGCUUCCCUCAGAACAGCCAAGCCCUGGUGAGGAGGACCCACAUCCCCAGCCCCAUGUGGAUCCGCUGGCUGUGCUCUGGUUUAACUGGGAAGUGAGAGGGCUUCUGUGCUGGCUUCAUCUGAGUCACAGCCCAGGCCAUCAGCCCCUGCUGAAGGCAGCAGAGGGAGGACAGAACACACCUGCUGGUGUUGGCCCAGGAGCAGCUUUUUAGCACAGAAGGGGUUCAGGUUUGUCAGAUAAGGGGUGCAAGAUGAGGGUGCCUCCAGCCAGCAUAGGAGGAACUCUUCCUCAGUCCUGUGUCAUGCCAGGCAGCAAGGUGCUGUUGCGUGCCCAGGCAGGCAGCUUUCAUGUGCCAGUGGCUGCAGAGCUUUGCCUGCGUUCACCCAACACCUCCAGCCACUCUCAUCAGGGGGCUUUGAUUAGCACAGGUCAGAGCUGGGGUGGCAGCUCUCCACCUGGACACACAGCGUGAACGCUUCUGCAGAGCCUGGCAGCACCUUGGCACAGUUGUCGUGGGGGUCAAAAUGCCCUUUGAGCUUGGCUUGGGAAAAGAAGGUGUUAAGCCAGAGCCAUGAGCACCACACACCAUGCCAUGGCAGUGCCAAGUGAGGCAGCACCUGCAGAGGAUGGGCAGGACCCUUGCUGCCCUUCCCACCAUGUGCUGAGUUCAGACCAGUCAGUCUGGCCCUGUGGUGCUGAUGGGAUCAGGGCCACAAUGUGUAGGGAUGCUGAGGUGGUACCUGAGGUGUCACCUGCCUCCCAGGCCCACAGCACCACUGGGAAGAGCCAGCUCUGGCUGGCUUCUGCUGGCUGCUGGCUGCAGCCAUCCCUGCAGUUGCUGGUCUCUCUCCCAUGGGGUUUCAAUAAGAUAUGUUAAGCACAUCUAUAUAUAUAUAUAUAUGUGUAUUAUAUAAAGUGCAUGCCCAUUUUAUAUUGCUAAAGAUAUUUCUGUAAUGCUCUGAGAAAGUUCCUUUGGUUGCACAAGGACUGCAACUAAACCCUCUCCAGGCAAGGAGUCAGUUUGUGCCAAUACUGAAGCUCUUCAUGUUUUUUCCUGGCUAGGUCCUGCCCAGUUUUCCCAGGGCCAUCCUUUGGUGGCACGAACAGAGCAUAUGCUGACACAGCCUGGUGGUGGCAGCUGCUUCUCCAGCUUGCUUGUAGCUGCUUCUGGUGAGGCAGGAGUAGUGUUUGCACUCGAGGGGAUAAUGGAGUGGCCUUUGUAUCUGCUGUCUUUGACUGCACAGUGUCCUCGCACCUUAGGGCAGAGUCCUGGCUUAGAGUGGUGGCUGCUUUCUGGCUGUUUGCAAGCAGACUCAGAGGCACAGCAAGCCUUCAUGUACCACAGUGAGUGUGCCUGAGUCACAGUCCUGGCUGCCUGCUUCAAGUGGAAACUGGCUGCUGUGCUGGUGGGGCAGGGGAGCAGCAUCGUGGGGCUGGGGACGUGUGUGCAUCCCCAGGGGGGUGGGGAUGGGACCUGCAGCGUACUCGCAGCACAGCCCCAGCCAGCUGCUUGGGACGGGGGGGAGAGAAGAGCUCAGGUGUGGGUCUGGAUGAGAAGGCCUCAGGCUGCAUCCCCCCACCCCAUGCCCACCUCUACCCUGCUGUUGGGCAGCCUGGAGGGAUUUUUGCUCAUGCCUUGGCAGGAGAACCUGCACUUGUGAUUCAAAAGGUGAAUGUCUGCAGCAUGCCACAGCAGAUUUGUCUUGAGCUGCUCUCUGUGCUGGGUGUUCUGUGGCAACUGAAUGCUGAUUGGAUUUGUUACAUGUCUCUGUAAUAAGAAGACUUCUCUAGAUUGAUAGAUUUUAUUUUCUUUGUAAUAAGCCAAAAAGUUCAUUGUUGGUGCCUUUAUUUUUUUUUCCUUUUGGCCUGGGGGGACUCCCAGCCCACAGCUGUGCUGAUGAGAGUAACAAUGUCUGCAACUGCUCAUUUGGCUGUGCUGGGGUGAAGCCACUGAGCAAACACUGCAGGGUCACCAUGAAGAAAGAACAGGAACCCUGUAGAAAGGGCAGAGAGAUUUUCAGGUGCAACAACCAGGCCUGGUUCCCAGGCUAGAGUUAAGCUUUUGGCUGCCCACGCCUGAGCCGGACAAGCCUCUGCCCUGCCUCUUAGUGGGACUUUGCUGCUGCACUGCCAACCUUGCUCCCCUGCAAGGCGUGCAGGGGGUGAAGCACACAGAGAUAAGUUUAUUAUGGUUGCAGCUGUAUGGGGAUUGCACCACUGUGGGUCUUGUUCAGGCACCUUGCAGAAAGGGCAGCGUUCUGCCCCACUUGGCAGCCUCCGAGGCCAGCUUCUGCUCCUAGAGAAGGAUGCUGGGUGGAUGACUGCCACUGCUCUGGGAUCUUUAGUUGGAGCUGAAUGCACUGAGUAAGGGAAGUUGAACCCUGCCAUCUCGUGACAUCAGUGAUGGUGAAGAGCAGUGACAUUGGCUGCCUUGGCUGGUGAGGUGCAGUGGGGGAUGCCCAGGAGACAACUGUGACCCAGACAUCACCCUAUGGGACUGAAGGACAUUUAUUCCCGUACCCAAAAGAGAAGCCUGCCCAGCACUGGGGUACAGACAAACCCAAUCACACUACAGCAGGGGAGAUGCAACCUCCCUUUUCAUCUGAUUUAGUCUGUGCUUGGGCCCCCUGCAAGCCCUGGGCCUGCGCUGUGCCACGGGGUAGAGCCUCACGCUUGGUGUUCAGCUCUUUUUGUAACCUUGGAAUCUGUUGUUGUGCCGAGUACAAUAAAGGCAGCAUCUCGUUUGUUGGAACACAGCUCUGUGCGUCUCCUUGGCUUCUGUCUGCAGCUGCCUGCAUGGCAAACCUUGCCCAGCACGCUGAACAUCAGCUCAUGAAGGUGCCAGGGCUUAAGUGGGUCAUUUUUCAGCAGCCAGGGCUCUGCGCUGGGUCUUUUCCAGGCUGUGUUUUCACAGUCAGGUUUUGCUGUUCCUCACGUCUGAGCUGUUAACUUCAUUUACACUUCAACCGACUAAUUCUUUCAUAGAUGCCUCUUUGGGUCUUUUAAUUCAGAGUCCAUUUGAUGAAUGUAUUUCUCAAAGCAAGGAGCUAAUAAAGGCCAGUGUCCUCCUC